AUGUGUUUGUGUUGUCUGUUCAGUGGACCCAAUGUAUUGAAGUGUUGCUCACGAGUGGUGCAACACUUGAUGUCUUCAGUUCCCAAGCAAUGUCUAUACGUUUGGAUUACGUUUAGUACGAGACUUAAUGUCACCAUCUGUUCCAUCCGUCACGGAUUGUUGCCAUCAAUUGUCCAAACGUUUGAACUGGACUCUGAGUUGGGAUUCCGAUAUCCCGGUACUGACCGACUGUUUCACACAAACACGAAGAGUUUGUGGAAUUAUUUUUCAAAUGAAAUCCAUUUAUUAUUAAUAAGCGAAAUAUUUUCGCAUUCAAUCAAAUUGAUCACUUACUUCUUGGUCACCACUUUUAUUGUCAUAUUCCGUCGGUAUGGGCACCGGCAUCCCAGCUCCAUACCUAUCCAAUGGUUGACCAGCUUAGUGGUUGUAUCCAUUAAUAUGUAUCAAUUCCUGCAAAUAAAUAAUAACAAAAGCCUUGUAUUGGAAACUAUAUUGAGAUCUAUUGAAGCAUUCCUUACACUUCAAGCUCUGGUUCUCUCAUGUCUUAAUCAAAAAGUGUUUGAAUUUCAAAUAUUAGACUCCGAUAGUCGACACAUAUGUCCGAUGAAUGACUUUAAUAUAUUCUCCAAAAUAUUCAUUGUUUGGCUCAAAGACAUCCUAAAACACGGCUACAAAACAAACACAGAUUUGAGUCAACAUUUGCUUCCCAUUUGUGAUUACAUUAAAUCCAAGAAUGCUUUCGAUUCGUAUGAAUCAACGAACAGGAAAUACAAUUCAAAUCCAUUGGUCAAAGAAAUCAGAUUAUUGCCAAUGAUAUGGUGGACGGGUUGGGUGCCAUUCACAGUGUCGGCGCUCAUGGAGUUCGGUGGCAUCGCCGCCGAAUUCAUUCAGCCCUACAUUCUGUCCAAACUCAUAGACUUCGUGUCGGAGUCCGACCAUCUGUGGCACGGAUUGUGUUACGCAAUGGCCUACUGUUUCUCUAACCUAUUGGCCCGACUAUUUGAAGCCCACUCCUAUCUGUUCAUAAGUCUGGCCUAUUAUAGGGUGAAGUCAUCCCUCAUAACAGCUCUCUAUAGAAAAAUGCUUAAACUAAGUGCCAGUUCUCGUAGGGAAUACACAACCGGUGAAAUCAAUAACAUAAUGGGUGUCGAUAUUGAAGAGGUCUGUGAUUUACUCCAUUCAAUGACAACAUUGUAUUCAAUCCCAACAAGUCUUGGAAUCGGAGCCUAUAUUCUGUGGCAACAAUUGGGUCCGUCAUCACUGACUAUGUUUGGUGUUAUGCUAGUCGUGGGUCCGUUCACAACGUAUAUUAUGAGUCGUAUCGAUGAUUUUCAAACCGAACAAAUGGAGCUCAAAGACAAACGUAUGGAACAAAUCAGUGAAGUAUUAAAUAAUGUAAAACUCCUCAAACUGUUUGGUUGGGAGAAGCCGUUCAUCGAUAGGAUAUCCAAAACACGACGCGAAGAGUUACACAAAUUAGGUCUGACUAACAAUUAUUGGUCUAUUAUGGAGGUUGUCUGGACGGCUGUCCCUAUGAUUAUCGCCGGACUUACAUUUACUGUAUUCACGAUGACAUCCGGACUGCCUUUCACUGCGAAGACGGCUUUUGUUUCGCUCUCUGUAUUUAAUUUAUUGGGAGAUCCAAUGGCCAGACUUCCCAACACCUUAACCCACUUGACUCGAGCUAUUGUCUCGUUUCGAAGAAUUCGUAAAUAUUUAAGUUCUGAAGAAUUAGACGAAAGUCUGGAGAGAAGAGACGAUUCAAUUGAUGAGAGAUAUGCCGUGUGUUUGAAAAAGUGUUGCUUUUCGUGGAGUUUAGAAGAAGAGCCGAUUCUAAAGGAUAUUACACUGAAUGUGAAGAAGGGAUCGUUGGUUGCGAUCGUGGGAAGAGUGGGAUCGGGAAAGUCGUCCCUAUUUUCAGCACUAAUGGGCGAUAUGUACCAAACGGGAGGCUCGAGGAGUGCAAUGAGGGGUUCGGUGUCUUAUGUGCCACAAACCGCUUGGAUUCAAAACCUAAGUCUAAGACAAAACAUAGUGUUUGUGUCGGACUAUGAUCAGGGCAAAUAUGAACGGGUAGUGAAAGCGUGUGCUUUGGACUCGGAUUUCAAUUCACUUCCGGCAAAGGAUUUGACAGAAAUCGGCGAAAAGGGAAUCAAUUUGAGUGGCGGACAGAAACAUAGAGUGAGUUUAGCCCGAGCUGUAUAUCACGGGUCAGACAUCUAUCUGUUGGACGACCCGUUGGCUGCAGUGGACGCACACGUCGGACAACAUCUGUUCCAACGAGUGAUUGGACCGAAAGGACUGCUGAGGAAUACGACACGAAUACUGGCCACACAUCACAUGGAAUUCCUUCGCGAAGCCGAUCACAUACUGGUGUUGAGUGAGGGAAGGGUUGUUGAGUCGGGUGGUUAUGAUCACAUGGAAUUCCUUCGCGAAGCCGAUCACAUACUGGUGUUGAGUGAGGGAAGGGUUGUUGAGUCGGGCGGUUAUGACGAGUUGGCUGAGAGGGGAGUGCUUUCCGACCACGAGUUCAAUGAGUCGGACAAUCAGUCCAAAGGAAGUGGGGAUCAGAUGUCGCGACAGACCUCUCGAGUCAGUGAAAGUGAUUCAAUAGGAAAGAUGUCGAGACAAACAUCGAGACAGAUAUCCAGGCAUUUGUCGACUCAAGUAUCACAUAAGAGCGAUACGACUGAACCGAAGACUUUAAAGGAUAAAAUGGAAAGAGAGGCCGAAAAUAGUCAACUGAUUGAUGAGGAGUCCCAAGAGUUUGGAUCCAUUAAAUUCACUGUUUAUUUGGAUUAUUUGAGACGAAUUCCGCUGUUUUUCGUAUUAUUUCCUCUAAUGUGUGCCGUUUUGUUCAAUAUGUGUGAAGUCGGCGCUAAUUAUUGGCUAAACAUCUGGACGUCACAGAACUCCACACAAAUUGAAGACAAAUCCAACAGAAAUUACUUCUUAAGUAUUUAUCUGUCGGCUAUUGUUUUGGACGCCGUGUUAGUCCUUAUAAUGGAUGUAGUCAUGCGAUACGGAGCUAUCAAAGCCUCGGAAGUACUACACAAAGACAUGUUGUAUUGCAUUCUGCGAACCCCUCUGUCCUUCUUCGAUGUGACCCCUUUGGGACGAAUCAUAAACCGAUUUAAUCGCGACUUCGAGAUGAUUGACGAAGAAAUACAUGAAAGUAUGAGUGAAACGACUAUGACUUUCAUAUGGUUUCUGCUUAUUCUUGGAGUCAUUAUCUACACGAAUGCUUAUAUGGCUAUUCUCAUAGUAAUCGUCGUUAUAUUGUUUAUAUUUCUAUACAGAAUCUAUUUGUGGACUUCAAGACAGUUAAAUCGUCUCAAUUCCAUCACUCGGUCUCCAAUUUAUAGUCACUUCAAUGAAGGCAUUUCCGGUGCCGUCUCUAUCCGUGUCUACAAAGUGCAGCAAUUGUUUACCGAAAAGUUGCAGAACUAUAUCGAUGUCAACACUAAUGUUGAGAGACAUAUGUAUUCGACAACUAUGUGGUUAGUCUUACUUAAAAAAUAUUUUGAUUUCUUACUACAGAUUGAUAUUUGGUCGACAAUCAUAGGAAUGUUGAUUACAUUCUCGACGGCAUUAUUUGUUGUCCUGGACAGGGGUCACAUCACUCCAGGAUUGGCUGGUUUUGUGCUCAUCUAUUCGGUUGAUGUCAUUAACAGUAUUUCAUGGGCUCUAAGAAUGGCUGCGGAUCUCGAAACAGAAAUGGUUUGUGUGGAGAGA